GAGCUGUGUCGUAUAAUAUGACUAAGGGUGAAAGGUGGAAAAGGGAUGUUGACAUAAAAUCCCUUAAGGCAGCCUUUACUAAAAACACGCAAUGCUAUGCACCAGACUGUGUAAAUCGAAUGUGCGUUUACUUUGUAAUUUAUAAUAUCAAGAUGAAAACAAAAGGCGAUCCUGAAAUGAUGCCGCUUACAGAAAAUGACGAUAGUGGUUGUGAUGAUACUAUAUUCAACGACCAACAGCCUUUGUCAAGACCGAAAAAUGUUGAAAUUCGAAUUUGUGAUGAUAAAACUGAAAAACCAUCAAUUAAUGACAUGAAAAUAUCGCUUAUGGCUUGUGUUCGAAUUUUUAGCCUCGGUACCCUUUGGCGGUUUCCUUAUGUGUGUCUGAAAUAUGGCGGAGGUACAUUUUUAAUACCUUACACAAUAACCAUGUUUUUGGUUGGAUAUCCAUUACUUGUCAUGGAAAUUGGUAUUGGCCAAAAGCUCAGACACAAUAGUUUUACAGUUUGGACAGCUAUUAACCCACAAUUAAGAGGUAUAAGUGUAGUCAUGUGCAUGAUUAGCGCAGGAAUGAUUUGCUAUUAUAGCAUCAUUUUAUCUUGGGGAUAUAAAUACAUGUUCGAUAUCAAUUUAUCUCGAGAAUCAUUAACCCCGUAUGGACUAAUACCUAUUGAUUCCAUAAGAAUUCAAACUUUCUGGCACAAAACUGUACUUAACGUGACAAGCUCAAUAACAGAUUCCAACGAUGUGCAGGAAGGACAAGUAUUUUCUCAAGUUAUUACUUGGAUGGCUAUUACAACCUUACUUGUGACUUUAUGGAUAUCCUUAAAGUUCAGAAGUAUUAGAUCGUUUGUCGUGCUAUGGGAUGUAUGGUACCAAAGCAUACCAUUCUUUAUACAAUGUUUUAUAUACAUUUUUUUACCAGUGUUAUUGUUAGUGAUGUAUGUUGUUAGAUCUGGUUAUGGAUAUGUUAGUUUCAUUUAUAUUACAUCCAUUGAGUUUAAGGAUUUAUCAAAUCUACAAAUUUGGGUGGAUGCUAUAGUUCAAGUAAUUUUUACCUUGAGCUUAGUUCAUGGUUCUUGGAUUUCAUAUGGUUCACGAUCAAGUCGUAGUUCUAAUUAUCUACUAACAGCAACUACAGUGAUAGCAUAUAGUUUUUUUGUUGUAUUUUCAUGGACAUUGGUCAUCACUUGUUCCAUUAUUCCUACCGUGCUACAAGAAGUCAAGAACUGUGUAAUUAGUUCAGCCUACAAAUGGGAUAAUUCACCAGGUAUGCCGUCACACAUUUUUUAUGGUGAAGAUUAUAACGCAGCUAUUGCUAGUCGUAAAUUAGACAAUACGCUGGUUAAUUUUGAUGUACAAGAGUGUAGCAUGGAAAAUCAAUUCAAUUUGGCUAGCAAUGGUAUGGGUAUAGUUUUUGUAGCACUUGGAGGAAUAAGUAGUAUUUUUCAUGCUGUCAGUAAAUGUGAAAUUUGUAUUUUUGUCAAUAACAUUUGCUUAUCGUUUAUUUUAAAUUUGUGGUUAUACUGGUUGGUUUAUUUAUUAAAAUGGCAUGUCCAUGCGCUAACUGAAGUAGAGUUUUUUAAAAAGACACCGAAAACGUGGAUAACAUUAAUAACAUGUGUCACGUGUUGUACUUGUAGUUUAUUGUUUGCUACCAGAACAGGAGUUUAUUGGUUGUCACUAAUCAGCUCAAUUUCCAUAAAUUCUUGUAUUUCUGUAUUAGCUUUAUGUGAAGUACUUAUAGUGAUAUACAUAUAUGGAUACAAACAGUUCUUGCUCGAUAUAUACGAAGUGACUGGUUAUAUGAAUAGCCGGUUAACUUAUUUUAUUUGGAAAUACAUAACUCCGUGUGUGCUCAUCUUGACUUUAUCAUCAAUACUAACAAUUGGUGUCAUGGAUGGCUAUAGAUAUGAUAUCUGGACCUAUCGUAGUAAUUUUUUGACUAAAUCAACGUAUCCUUACUGGACACAACUUAUAGCUUGGGCAAUAUCAACAGUUUUUUUACUUUUGAUACUAGUAUUUUGUUUGGUAAACAUGAAGAAAGAAAAAAAAUUCGGAAUUUUUAAAUCUCUGGAAGUAAAAGUAAAAAAAAACUCAAAUAGCCAUAAACAACAAUUAGGUUAUUCACCGAACAAGCCAUUUACUAUGGACAUUGAUCUUGAUGAUUGUUCAUUCGACUCAUAUAUGGAUGAUGGCACGGAAAUAACUGGAGUAGUACAAGCACCUUCGCAGAUGUAUAAAAUUGAAGUUCUUGAUUCGUGGAAAUCGAUCAGAGGCCAAGUUUAUCUAUAAUUUUGAUCAACUGAAUACAAAAACAACUCAACCCACAUAUUAUCUUAUAAAAUUUACUUAUUUAAAAUUUACUUCGAGAAUUUUUAUUUGAUUAAAAAUAAUCAGUUUCUUUCAAAAAAGAAGAGGUAUUAGGGACAUCUAUUAUCCCACUGUGUAACUAUACUACAGCACAUUGUGUCGAUAAUCAGACUGCCGAAAAACAGUCAGGCAGAGUACUGAGAAAAUUAUACAGCUACUUUAAAUUUUAAAUUAUAUGAACAAUAUGAAUAUUAAUUAAAGAACUAAAUUAUCUUUGAUUAUUUUUAAUUUAUCGGCAACAACCGAAAAUAUACAAAAAGCUGAAUAAUAUUUUGUAUAAACCAAAAAAAUUAUUUAGUUUUAUUCCAAACUUUUUAAAUAUGUGAUGUAUUAAUUAAAGAAAAACCAUUUAUAAUCUGAUAUGUCAACAUACUCAUUUACUGAAUUAUGCGAUUUGAUUUUAUUGUAACUAAGUAAUAUUAAAUUACCACUUUAUUAUAUGUAUACCACUUUUUA